AUGCCUGCCGCCUUCACCUACUUCGCCAACGCCCAGUCCACCUUCAAGCCACCCCUCAUCGCCAACGACAAUGCCUACCUGGGGGACAUAGUCUCGAGUGAACACAAUGACCCCGAGAAGCCCAUCUCGGGCGGUUUCUACCGCCUGGAGAAAGGCACUCCGCUCGUCUACGAGUACCAUUUCGAUGAGACGAAGAUCAUCCUCGAGGGUGAGUUUGAGAUCUCGGACGAGACCGGACAGACGGUUACGGCGGGUCCGGGGGAUGUCUUUUAUUUUCCGAAGGGAUCGAAGAUCACCUUCACGACACCGUCGUACGGCUUGGCGUUUUUCGGGUCGUCGGCCAUAUUUACCCGUUUGAUCAGAUCCAACGUGUUCGAAGAAUUACCCUCUCGUGGUGAUGACACUCAACUUUGCCCGCGAGUCGAGCGAUCGACCAGCGCUCCGGCUGCCCAACCCCCCUCCCCUACUACAUACCCGUUCGGGCAACGAGCUGGAUCGCCCCUCCACGCCUUCGCAGAUGGGUUUACCAGUCCUGUCCAGACGCCACAGGGCAGUCCUAGCAAAAACAGAUUUCCCCCGGGCGCCCUAGACCUACCAAAUGUCUUCGAUAAAGCGAUGAAGCUCAACCCCACCUCGCCUAACAAGGGCACCUACGACCAUUAUAAUCACCCUAUGUUUCUCCGAAAAAAUCGGUGGAAGACUUCAGAGAACACACCACCGAGUCCGACGCGGGUGACCAAGGACCUCGGCCCAAAUCCCGCUGCGGCCGCCAUCUCUCGUCACCAGCCGUAUCAGCCACGCGAUGUCGAGAGCAUUCAGAGACGUCAGGUGCAGAUGCGGGGGUUGACACCGGAGGAGUUGGAGAAACUGCAGAAUCCUCGGGUAAAACGAUUGGUAAACGUGACACAGCUCUAUUUCCUCGACCACUAUUUCGACCUACUCAGUUACGUGCAUAAUCGCCAAACUCGCUACUCUCAGUUCCGAACGGCCUACCCGGAGCCGCCCGCAACUUCCAUGGAUGACUACGAGCCGGCCCUCCUCAAAUAUUUGGGUCGGGAGCGGGCCCACCUCCGCAAGCGCCGCACCCGUCUCCGCCAACACGAUUUCCAGAUCCUGACGCAGGUCGGCCAGGGUGGCUAUGGACAGGUGUAUUUGGCGCAGAAGAAGGAUACCCGGGAGGUGUGCGCAUUGAAGGUCAUGAGCAAGAAGCUACUGUUUAAACUGGACGAGAUUCGGCAUAUUCUGACUGAGCGCGACAUCCUGACGGCUGCCAAAAGUGAAUGGCUAGUUAAGCUACUCUACGCGUUCCAGGAUGAGGACCAAAUUUACCUUGCGAUGGAGUAUGUGCCGGGUGGAGAUUUCCGCACACUGCUCAACAAUACAGGAGUCCUGCACAACCGCCAUGCGCGAUUCUAUAUCAGUGAGAUGUUCAGCUGCAUCGACGCCCUGCAUGCGCUGGGGUACAUCCAUCGCGAUCUGAAGCCGGAGAACUUCCUGAUCGAUUCCACGGGCCACGUGAAGCUGACCGACUUUGGCCUGGCGGCCGGUAUGCUGAACCCCGGCAAGAUCGAAUCCAUGCGCGUCAAGCUGGAGGAGGUGGGCAACACUCCAGUGCCGUUCGGUCGUCCGAUGGAGCAGCGCACAAUGGCCGAGCGACGCCAGGGAUAUCGCACGCUCCGGGAGCGUCAAGUCAACUACGCCAAGUCUAUCGUCGGAUCGCCAGAUUACAUGGCGCCGGAGGUAUUGAAGGGCGAGCAGUAUGAUUUCACGGUCGACUACUGGAGCUUGGGGUGCAUGCUGUUUGAGGCCCUGGCGGGAUACCCACCUUUUGCCGGUGCCACGGUCGAUGAGACGUGGCAGAAUCUGAAGAACUGGCAAAAGGUGCUGCGCAAACCAGUAUAUGAAGACCCGAACUACUUUCUGUCGCGACGGACGUGGGAUCUGAUCACGAAGUUGGUAGCGUCGAAGGAGAGACGGUUCAAGAACAUCCACGAGAUCCACGCCCAUGACUAUUUUGCGGAGGUUGACUUCAACCGGCUGCGCGAGCAGCGUGCGCCGUUUGUACCCGAACUGGAUUCGGAGACGGACGCAGGCUACUUCGACGACUUUACCAGCGAAGCGGACAUGGCCAAGUACAAGGAGGUCCAUGACAAGCAACGCGCAUUGGAGGAAAUGGCAGAGCGAGACGAGAAGAUGAGCAAGGGUCUAUUCGUCGGGUUCACAUUCAGGCAUCGCAAACCGGCCAUGGACGGAGGACGUAGCUCACCGCGCAAACCCAUUGCGACGGAUGGGUCGUUCGGAACGAUGUUCUAA